AUGGUUGGCACCGAUGCGGAGCCGAAUGCUGGCGAGGCCGCCACUCAGCAGAACGAAGAUGACAGCAAUGUUUUGACCGAAGUCCCGUGGACGCGGGGUGACCGUGACGGAUGGUGGGGCCGCGACUGGUGGGGAGACCGUCGUGGUUCAGACGCAACUACGAAUGAUAGUUUUGGGUUUGGGCGCUGGGCUACACCUGAGCGCCAGGAGUCAAGCGAUUCGUCUACGCAGAGCGAUGCCUCGUGGGAACGAAGCUGGUGGGGAAACCACGGCUGGUGGGGCACCUACGACGGGCGGUGGAGCGACAGACGAGAGUGGGGACAAUGGUGGCCGGAGACCAUCCACGAGGAAGGCUACUACGGCAAUGGUCCACGGCACAGCGAUCAUGGACAAGCUGACGGAGCUGGCGGGAGCACGACCUACUCGCACCCCACGACUACCCGAUCAGGCUGGAGCUCUACCUGGAGUUCGGCCGGCGACGGAAAAGGGCCAUCAGAGAAACUCAUGAUCCCGAGCUUCUCCGGAGAAGGCGACGGCAGCGAACUUGGCAGUUCGGCCAGGUCGUACUUACGACAGGUGACAGCCUGGGAGAAGAUGACCAAGUUGUCAAAGGGACAGCGGGCACUGGUGUUGUACCAGAACCUGCAGGGAGCUGCCUGGAUCAAUGCCGAGUCUCUCGAUGUCAACAAGCUCGGCAGCGACAGUGGCGUCGAGUACCUGCGUGAUUGGAUCCGACAACACUACCUGGACGUCGAAGUGACACUGGUGGGUCGCUCCUUGAGCGAUUUGUUCCGCCGAUUGAAGCGCCGCUCGGGACAGACACUACGGGACUACGCUGCAGAGUUCAACAGGCUACUUUCACGUGUCCGUGAGUGCGGUUGCGAGCUCCCGGACGUGGCGACGGCAUGGCUCUUCGUGGACAGGGCCGACUUGGACGAGGCUACAGAGGUGAGCUUGUUGGCUUCGGUUGGGAACAAGUACGCCUUGCUCCCAUUGCAACAGGCGGCGAUCAUCCUCGACAGGUCCAUGCGGAAGCCCUGGGAGCGCGGACCAGGCGGAAAGAGGCCACACACGGCCCACAUGACAGAGGAUGCGAACGAGGGAGAAGAGCCCGAGCAGGAGAACCUCGACGAGGACGAGAUCGACGAGGAAGUCUACGUUGCCUACCUCACGGCGAAGGCGCGCGGUCGCGAACACUUUCGCAGCCGCGGCGCAGACACUGAGCUUGCCAAGAAGACGAUGGAGGAGAAGAUCCGACAGGCGAAGGCCAAAAGCCAUUGCGCCGCCUGCGGCCAACGUGGACAUUGGCACAAGGACAGUAUCUGCCCAAAGAAUAAGAAGGAGAACGGCAGCACGAGGCCGACUGAGGCGACCCGACCGAACACCAUCCACGUGACGAGCGAGAUCUUCGAGUUGGCGACCGACCCCAAGCGCGAGCUCAUGGCCAUCACGGAUACCGCAUGCUCCAAGUCUGUCAUGGGAGCGCAAUGGCUGCAAGUGUAUCUGGACAUGACGGCCGGCAAGGGCAUCGACCUGGACUUCAUCUAUGAGACGGAGUCCUUCCGCUUCGGGGCAAGCCGCGUGUAUGAAUCGCACUACGCUGCGGUGGUACUGUUACCUCUCGGCAACGGAUGGGUCGCCCUGAAGGCGGCGGUGGUGCAGGGCGAAGUGCCACUGCUCAUUUCGCGACCCGCACUUGCAAGCUUGGGCAUGGUGAUGGACGUAGCAGACAACACUGCCGACUUCAAGGCGGUCGGCGUAAAGCAGCUGAAGCUUGAGAAUACGGCUUCGGGACAUCCCGCCCUACCUGUUUGCCAUAAGAACCGCUCUUUGCCCGAUGUGAGUUCCCUGCCAAAGGCGUGGGGCUCCGACGAAGUCAAGAUCCUGAGCGACGGUGCCGCAUACAUGAGCUUUGUUGCAGUAUGGCAGAUGAAGAAGGUCGAGCUCCAGGCCGAGAUGUUCCGCCGCGGGUUGACGUGCAACCCCUCCUGGACGGCCGUGGAGCUUCGGACAAUCUUGACCGAGGACUCAGCCAAGAAGGGGACCCACAGCGGACAGACGGGGACGCCGAAGGGGAUGACGUCCAUGAGUCUGGCCGAGCUUCGGAACGAAGCCGAGCGGCUGGGAAUCGAGCUGGGGGCCAAGGACACCCGGGGCAUGAUCAUGCUGAAGAUCCGGGACACGACGGCGCCGGAGAACACGAUCAUGACUUUGGGCCGGUUCAAGGGCACGGCUUACAAGGACGUACCGGAGAACUACGCGAACUGGGCCUCCAGGGAAGCCGAUGUCAAUGCCGACAACAUGCAUCCAGAUCUACGACGGUUCGUGACAUGGUGGCGAGAUUCGAAGGUCAAGGAGGAAAAGGAGGAGACGGUGAAGUACGACCCCGAGGCGAACACGAAGAUCCCGCCGCCCCCGAUCUCCGAGACCGGAAGCUCGACGGCGUGGUCGAUGGUCACGCCCUCCCGAGGGUACUCGUCGACACCAGUGCUACCCGGCGCCCUGGCGAAGUCGAAAGCAAAGGGUUCCCGUCGUCGAGCCGACGAAGCGGGACCAUCCCGAAUGGAGCAGGACAUCCCCGACGAUAUCAUCGACGAGUUCGAGGAGACCAGCGGCGAUUCGGACGGCGUCGCUGGUGAUGAUGAGUCCGACGAGGUCGGCGGCUACGAGGACUCCGCCGAUUACCCGAUCAACGACAUCCCGGAGGAGAUCCGAAUCGAGAACAACGACAAGGACCACGGCGCCAUCGAGAGCACGAUUCAGAGCGACGGAGACUACUCGACCGGCGAGGUCCCGAAGGAGGUUCAGAUCGAGAACAGCGACAAGGACCACGGCACCAUUGAGGGCACGAUUCAGAGCGACGGAGACUACCUGACCGGCGAGGUUCCAAAGGAGGUCCAGAUCAAGGACAGCGACAAGGACCACGGCACCAUCGAGGGCACGAUUCAGAGCGACGGAGACUACCCGACCGGCGAGGUUCCAAAGGAGGUCCAGAUCAAGGACAGCGACAAGGACCACGGCACCAUCGAGGGCACGAUUCAGAGCGACGAGUACUACCCGAUCGACAGCGUCCAGAAGGUGGCACACAGUCGGGACGAUGGGAGCUUCGUUAGCUUUAUGACCACUUGGACUCAUGGCCAGGAGUCCGGUGACUACGCGGUUCCUACCACUACGUUGGCUACGGAUGGGGACCACACUAUAAGAGGUAUGGAGGCCUCCGACGACACGCACCACGAGCACUACGAGUCCUGCAACUCCGAGAUCCCGAUCGAGGAAGACGCAGGAGCCAGGGAUGAUGAGCUAGCGAACACACACCUGAUGGACAACUACUUGACCGGGAACAACAGCAGCAAGAACCUCGGCGAGUUACUGGCCAAGGCCGCUAUGGAUGAGGGCGACUACAGCGAUGCAACCCUUCAGAAGAUCCUAGGCAAGAGUGAGCUACGAGAUACCUAUGAGCGACGUCAACGACUUCACGGCAAUGGACCUGUGGAGAGGUACGUGUUCGGAUACUACAGCCAUGGCCCCUACCACGGCGUGUGCAAAAGGACCUUGGAACACCCGAACCUCGUCAAGUACAUCAACAACUUCAUCCACGACCGCUGGGGCGCGAUCUCCGAUCGCGGACCGACGUGGUCUUCUUUCGGCAUCCUUCACAACGCCAAGUGCGAGAUCCAUGCGGACCGGAACAACCUCGCCGGCAGCCACAACUUCUGCUACGGGUUCGGCAACUACGUCGGAGGUGGCUUGUGGAUCGCGGAACCACAAGGAGGACAAUGGAGGAGGUUACCGAAUGGCGAAGAGGUCGAGGGUCAGAUACAUGACAUCAAGCGGAACGGCGCCGAGUUUGACCCCCGACGACAACACGGACCCGAAGUGUGGAAGGGAGAUAGAUGGACUAUCUCCGCGUACACGACGCGAAGCAUCGGGGGUCGGUCCGAGAAGGAGGCCCGGAUCCUCGGGCAACUUGGUUUCAACCUUCCCCGUCGGAGCAAGGCCAAGCAGACCACGCCCGCCAGAGCAGGUCGCCUCCCGAAGAAGAGCCAACGUCGGUCGAUGUGGAAGCAGGCUGGGUCUUUGAGCGCCCUUUUCACCGUCCUGGCGACGGCGCUCAGUGGAGGGAUCAACCCUGACCCAGCGCCGGCACAACGUUCAACGGUGAGCCUACUUGAGAUUGGCGGUGUAGAUGUCACCUGUGAAAUGGCCGACUACCAGAACGAUAACUUCACGGCAGCUGAGCCUAUACUGUGGCACGACAUUGGCGUGGUGGACAGCUACGGGCGGAGUCCGAGUGAUUUACGCGAGGCCGGGGAAUAUCUUGCUCAACUACAACCCCGGGAGCUCUGGAUACACCAGAAUGCCGAUGGCGAGACCGAGAAGCAGCAAGUCGUCAACCUCUACAUCCGCGCACAGCUGGCCCGCGGUGGCUGCGUCAUGAUCGAGGGCCACGAACCGGAACUGAUCGGUGAUGGUUGCGUGAGAGAGCUCCAAGCAAGGACCGACGAGUACGAGAUAGACGUCAUCGACGACCUCAGGCCAAGACCAGUUCUGUAUAUACGCCCAAGGACCACCGGACCUGAGGAAGCCUACGUUGCAGAAGCCGGCGAACCGGACAUGAUUCCGGGUGCACGAGGCAUACGCUUCGGCAAGGACGUCCCCAACCGUGUCGCCGAGGCCCUUCGCCGACUACACCAGAACCUGGGACAUCCAAGUGUCAGCGACCUAGUUCGACAUUUACGGCUGGCUGGGGCCAACAAGGAGAUCCUGAAGGCCGCCCGCACCCUCGAGUGCGACACUUGCCGGCGAACGAAACAACCGGAUAUACCGAGGCCUGCUACAACCUCGAAUGUCCUGCAGUUCAAUCAAGUGGUCGGGAUCGACCUCAUCUACGUCCACGACAGCGAGGGCAAGAAGCACGAACUACUUUCGAUGGUGGACUACUCUUCGUCAUACCAUAUCGUUGUGCCAGUUCCCAAGAAGGACACCCUUGCCCUGGAGAAUGCCUACUGCGAGGGAUGGUUGAACCAUUACGGACCACCUGGGACGGUGACAAUAGACCUCGAGAACGGCCUGCAAAAGGGAUUGACGAGAGCAUGUGACUGGACCGGGACAGCGGUCAAGAGCUGUGCCGGACAAGCGCAUUGGCAAGCAGGCUUCACCGAAAGGCAAGGGGGCGCUUGGAAAAGUAUUUUCAAUCGGGUGUGCGAAGAGCACUCGGUUACUACUGCCGAGAUGAAGCUCGCCAUAGCCGCCACUUCCCAGGCCAAGAACAGCCUUAAGAAGGUUGGCGGAUACACGCCCUCGCAGCAUGUGUUCGGAACCCUGCCAAUGAUCCCUGAAGAUCUACUCGAUGGACCACACGCCCAACGACCAGGCGAGGACGUCAUCUACGACGACAAGCACGCGAGGGAGGUCGCCAUACGGACCGCAGCGAGAUCGGCAUUCCACCAGGUCCAAACAGAUGAGCGCGUCAGGCGAGCGCUGACGGGACGUUCUCGGGUGACCAAGGCCAAACCCCUGAUCGGCGACCAUGUCUUCUUUUGGAGAAAGCUCAAGAACGGAAAGCGCGGCCUCUGGAAGGGGCCAGCCACGGUCAUCGGCUAUGAGGGUCAAAACAUAUGGCUCACCAAGGGGGGCCGAUGCUUCCUAUGUGCGCCAGAACAUGUGCGGUCCGCCACCGGGGAGGAGCUCGGGACAAUCUUCACAUUGCGGGCCGCGCGGGACGACCUGGACAAACUCUUAGAAGCGGACCAGGACGACGAGGAGGUCUACGACGAUAUGGACGUGGAGCCAGGCGACGGAGAUGUGGAAGGCGAGCUACCUGGACCAGACCCGGUUCUCUAUGACGGCCACGAUGGGGAUGAGAUAGGGACGGACAUUGAGCUCGUCCUCGACGAAGAGGAGGAGGACAAGCGUGGACAACGCCGCGAUGGAAGAUGGCCAAUUCCAAGGGUGAACAAACGUCACCGCAGAAAGGGGCCACCCGACGAGACCCACGAUGUCAACAUGUUAAAGCGAGCAACCACGCAGAGGUCCCGCGAAAAGCAGAUGGAGAAGGAGAUCAGCUGGAAGGACAUCCCCGAGGACAUGCGGAGCGCCUUCCACGACGCCGAGGCCAAGCAGUGGCAAGAACACAUGGACCAUAAGGCGUUAGAGAUCCUGUCCCUUCAAGAAAGUGAAGAUACGCGGCAACGUGUGCCGAAGGACCGGAUAUUACCCUCGAGAUACGCCUACCGGGACAAGAACAUGGGGAAGAGGAGAGCCAAUCCAGAGGUGCCAUGGCGACCAAAGGCGAGAUUAGUCAUUGGCGGCCACCUGGAUCCCGACCUCGGGUGUGGCCGACUGAGUGUUGAUUCACCUACGGUGGCGAGAUCGUCUCUGAUGCUACUCCUCCAGAUCUGCAUUUCGAGGUUCUGGCUUGCGGCAGCGGGAGACAUCCAGGCCGCGUUCUUGAACGGCCUCCAGGUGGCCCGCGAGAUCUACAUGGAACAACCCCGGGGAGGAGUUCCAGGACUUCAUCCUCGGCAACUACUACGCGUAAGAAAGGGAAUCUUUGGUCUGUCGGAGAGCCCGAAGAUGUGGUUCGAGCGACUACGCGAAGUCCUGACGGAAGAGGUCUUCCAAAUCAACGGGGAGCCCCACCGCCUACGUCAGAGCCCCAUGGACGUAUGCGUAUUCAUGCUACAGAGGGAGGAGGGAGACCAAACGCCCCUGGCCUAUAUCGCAAUACAUGUAGAUGACAUGUUGAUUGUCGCAAGCGAGGAAGUGAACAGACAGCUACAGCGGGCAAUCAGCGGACUCUUUCCGGUGGACACAUGGGAAGAGAAUGAGUUCGACUACGUGGGGUCGCACAUCAAGGUGGAGCCCGACAAGAUCGUGAUACACCAGGAGAACUUCGUCGAGGGAAGACUCUUUCGGGUCGACGUUAAGCCAGGACAACAAGACGACGAGCCCGCAGAUGAGGAGCAACUAGUGGACAACAGAUCCCUGGUGGGCGCUCUAUCCUGGCUGGCGGGACAAACACGUCCAGACCUGCAAUGCGGGGUUGCCCUCGCCCAGCAGGUGCAACGUACCGCCACGGUGGGCGACAUCAAGUUCUCCAACAGCCUCGUCAAGAAGGCCGAAGCCGACAAGGACAAGGGGGUGAUCUUGAGACCGAUUGACCUCGACCAGGCCAUGUUUAUCACAUACCACGACGCUGGGUGGGCCAACGCGUACCUCGAGGAGGCAGAGGAAGGGUUCCAGCUGACGCCGGAGGAGAUUGAAUGCGGGAACAUGAAAGAGGGUCCUUUCGCCGACAAGGAAAGGAAGGCGAGACGAACCCGCUCCAAAGUGGCCUCCCAAAUCGGCCAUGUGAUCAUCCUUGCCGACCGCCGACAAGGACAUGGACUCAUUGAGCCCAGCCUCCUAGAGUGGAGGAGUCAGGCAUGCCAGAGAGUAUGCCGAAGUACGUUCGGCGCAGAGACAAUGGCAUGUGUGGAAGGCCUCGAGAACAUGCAAUACAUCAGGUCCGCGCUCCUGACUUUCCUCACGGGUAGCCUCGCGACCGUCAUUGAGGCAAGCCGCAAGUGGCCCUUGCUCUGUCUGAGUGAUUGCAAGAGCCUUCACGACCAUAUCCACCGAACCGGCAUGCCAAGGAUACCUGCCGAUCGUAGACUAGCCAUAGACCUCACAGCACUUCGUCAAGGGCUGACCGCUGAGCGGAAGCACGCCCAACUACCCUUACAGUGGGUGCCGACGACGGCACAAGUAGCAGACCCUUUGACCAAGCCCAUGAAGGCAGAGGGCUGGUGGAGUUACUUCACUCGCGGUAUUGAACUUCCUUUGCAUGUUGAUACCCUUACGAAGAUUUUCGGAGAGUGUAAGACGAGUGUGAAAGUGAAGUUAGAUUCCACGGUCAGAGGUGUCAGUGCGAGACCGACUUGA